AUGAUUCUUGCCAUGUAUGUCACUUUUGCAGCAGGUAACACGACAAAGACCGACGAGCUACAACAACCACGUGAGGAAAGGGUUACUGUUGCUAUGUCUUCUGGAAAAAAGAAAGGUGGAAAGCUCAGCAGGGCUGAACGAGAAAGGCUCCAGAAAGAAGAGGAAGAAAGACUCAAGAAAGAGGAAGAGGAAGCUCGACUGAAAGCUGAACAGGAGGAAGCUGAAAGACUAGAAAGACAGCAACGAGAAAAGGAAGCAAGAGAAAGGCUUGAGGCAAAGGAUCGAGAACGUAGAGAUGGCGAACUGACUGAACUCCGCCUGCUGCUAGAAGAUAAUCAAUAUGCACUAGACAGGUGGUACCGUGAAAUGAGACAGAAUGCUAAGUGGGAUCGUUACAUGCGUUGUGAUGGCACGCCUGAUCCUGCAGUACUUCCAGAGAUUAAUACAUAUGUGAACCUGUGGAUGGAUAACCAAAAUGUGAAUAUUGCUUCUGUGCUGCAGGAAAGUAAAACUGUUCUAAAUCUGAUAUCCGAACUGGAAUUUCUGCUCUCAGAUACUCCACCUGAAGAGCUGAAUGAAAAGGACGCAAUGCAGUAUCAAGAAACAACUGGGGUUCUGAAGAGUCUUCUUCAUAAAAAAUUGAAUGAAGCAACAUUUGGUAUACUGAAGACUGCAAGGAUUUCAUCAGAUAUUGAGACCGGAAAUAUGCAGCAGGUCAUUGAAGAUGAAAAUAUCACUCUUUGUAUAUGGGCUAAUUUGAACAAGAAUCCCAGAUUCAAAGGUUACACAUUUGUGCAGAAAGGCAUUGGAUUUGAACUUCCAAAGCCUUUGGCUCUCUGUGAUGUUGCAGUGCGUAUCAUGUAUACCUGCUUUGACCAUCUGUCUCAUCUGGCUCCCAUAUAUCCUCAUAAAAUUAAAGAAUCACCUGACACCAAGUCCGACAUUGCUGAAUCAGAAAGUAAAGAGGAAGAUGAGAAGCUUUCACAAACAGAACACACAGAAAAAGUCGAAAGUCUUUCUGUUGAUGACGAAGAUACCAAAUCUAUAGGCAGAAAAAGUGUCAUGAGCUCUGUUUCAGCUAAAGAAGAGACAAGAAGCCUAGCUGAGGGAAAAACAAAAAGUGAACAAGCAGAUAAAAAAGAAGAUCACGUGGAGUCUUCAGAAGUUCAAUCUACACCAGUUCUGUUGCUGAAAGAACCAGAAGAAGAGGUUUUGGAUUUAGACACAGUUGACUUAUGUCAGUUCAAGCCACUUGGUGGAGUAUAUAAUUUUGAUGUUCUAAAGCUUCCCCCUCAGCCAAAACAAAUAAACAGAUGGACUAUGGUACAGAUACUGGAUACGGGCAUUGAAAUAUUUCCAUAUCCCCCAGAUCCCCUUAAAGUAAACAGUUCUACCACAAAAACAGAUGACAAGGAAAGUGAAACUCUUAUUUAUCCUCCAGUUGGGAUCACAGUUAAAAUUCCAAGCACCAUUGCUUUCUUUGAAGAGCCUCAGAUUGCACGAUGGGAUCCUGCAGGGAAAUGCUGGAAAACCGACUGUAUUAGUGAUGUCAAGUAUAGCAAGGAUGAACAACAGAUAUCCUUUAAGAUGACUGGAUUUUAUACUUUCACUCUGAUGCAGGACAUGCACUUUAACAUGCCUUAUCAGGCAUGGGAGCUUAGACCACAAGGCCUUAAUGGUGCCAUUUUGAUAAUUGAAACAUCUUUUAUUGAGGUUCAGAUUCAAAUAAAGAAUAGCCUGUGUAGACUAAGUCCCCUUCCUAAUGAAGAAACUGACAACCUUGCUCAUAUCAGAGGUAAAUGGAUGACUCCUGCAUCUCUUACAACAGCAAUGAAAAAUGCUGGAGUGAAUAUAUCCCCUGAAGAUUACUCAAGGGCAUUUGUUAGUGUAAAUAAAAAGAAUUUGCAAGCAGAAGAAGCAGCUUAUGAUCAGAUGGCCCUCCUUUCUUCUGCAUUUGCCUUCAGUUGGAGCAAGUGGAAUCUGACAUCUGGUCAUAAUCACAUUGUUUUACAGGUCAGUGAGCAUCUCAAGAUGGGGCCUGUCAUGGAAGAGAACUGGUCCCUUUACUUGCUUAGUGCUCAGAGGGCAGAAAGACUGAAGAUAACUGAACUAAGUGAUGAAUUUUCCGAUGAGCUGGCUGAACAGAGCGAGUUUCAUUCCACAUUUUAUCAUAUGAUUAAAGAUGAUGCCAGUGAAGCAGCAAUGGAAAUGGUUAAAAAUACUCAUUAUCUGUUUGUCAACUGUGUACACAAAUUAUUAACUAGCACUAAAGUGUUAACAUAUUCGUGACCACUAUCAAAUAUUAAUAUCAUUUUAUUAAGCUCAAAAUCAUAAAACAGUAAAUGUCAUGUUUGCUUUUGAGGAUACCACAGUCUUCUUUUACAAAUAAAUUCAAAUAAAAACUGCAAGCACAUUUGA